AUGGUAAAAUUGAGUUUUCUCUCGUUGUUAGGAGCUCUUUUAGGCGUUGCUGUGCUGAUCAUGUGUCUGCCCAGUGAUGCCAUUUACAGCAUCAAUGAAGGGUCUGGGAUGUAUCUGAUCGACUCGUCUGUGCUGGGAGAAGACAACAAACCAACAGAAUGCGUCGAAGUACGAGAUGCGCCUUUAGAAUCGUCUCUGAAGGCAAUUCGGCUCAAUUGCUACGAUCAGGUGUAG